AGAUUUAGAAUAAAAUUCAAGGCAUUUCCUAAUUGGUGGGAUAUUUCCUCACGCUUACAUUACGUGCACUCCGAUUGGCUCAUGCAUUUUUCCAAGCAGGGCGGGAAUUUGUGUUGUUAAACUACUAGGCAGUAGACACUAGGAGCAUGUAACCAAAAUCGCGGACAAUGAUGCCAUUUUUAUGGUGUUAUAGCACAUAAGCUCUCUUCAUUCUUCCCUUCACAUAUACAAAGAUCAGUCAUGGCAGCUCCUUCAGCUGUGGAGUACACCAUAGGUGGGGUGAAGAUUAAUUUCCCCUGCAAGGCCUAUCCAUCCCAGCUGGCCAUGAUGAACUCGAUUGUCCGUGGUCUGAACCAUGGGCAGCACUGUCUCCUGGAGAGCCCGACGGGGAGUGGGAAGAGCCUGGCGCUGCUGUGCUCUGCGCUGGCCUGGCAGCAGGCGCAGUAUGCUAAGGUGGAGAAGAGCAGUGGAAGCCCCUCUGAUGGCUGUAAGAAGCCCGAGGUUACCACACCUUGCCAGUGUGCCUGUCACAGCAGCUCAGCCAGGACACCCACUCCCAUCAAUGCAUCGCCACUGAACCGGGGUAUAGUGGACCUCACAGGCUCAGACACGGAAACAGCUGCAUGUAGUUCUCAUUCAGCGGAGAAAGAUAAGGAACACCAGGCCAAGAAAGCGUCACUGGCCUCUAAGCUCUCUGGCAAAUUGCAAGAUUCCCUCAACACUAGUUCAGACAAGGACGAUGACUUCCAGACGGACAAGAAACGCCUUCGCACUCCGCCUGUAGACCAGAGGAGCAGUAAGCGGAGGUGUGUGGACCACGAGGCGGCGCGCGGGGUGGUCUUCAUCGAUGAUGAUGACGAUGAUGAGGCACCGAGGCCUGUCCCCAGGGCCCAGAGCUGGACCAUGGAGCUGAGCUCUCAAGCUCGAGCACAGGGAGCCCUGCCCUCUCCAGAGUGCUGCAGCUCCCCGGUGUCCUGUCUCCUGUGUCCCUGCGGCGGCGCCAAGGGCGGACGGAGAGCGGCGGGCGGCGGCGGCGGCGAGAAGGCCCGGGACAAAGAGAAGGGCGGCGGAGGAGAGGCGUCGGCGGCGGCGGCGGAGAAGAAGAAGGUGCCCAAGAUCUUCUUCGGCACGCGCACGCACAAGCAGAUCACGCAGGUGGCCCGCGAGCUCAAGCGCACGCUCUACGCCAGCGCGCCCAUGACCAUCCUGUCCAGCCGCAACCACUCCUGCGUGCACCCCGAGGUGGCGCCGCACGCCAACCGCAACGAGCGCUGCAAGGAGCUGCUGGACCAGAAGGACGGCCGUAGCUGCAGAUUCUACCACAACGUGCACAAGAUGAGGGAGCAGAACUCGCUGCAGUGGGUGCACGGGCUGCACCAGGCCUGGGACAUCGAGGAGCUGGUCAAGCUGGGCACCAAGCUGCGCUCCUGCGCAUACUACGCCGCCCGCGAGCUCAUGCAGGACGCCCACAUCGUCUUCUGCCCCUACAACUACCUGCUGGACCCCCUCAUCCGCGAGAGUAUGGAGAUCAACCUGAAGGGGCAGAUCGUGGUGCUGGAUGAGGCCCACAACAUCGAGGACUGUGCCCGCGAGAGCGCCAGCUACACGCUCAACCAAAAGGAGCUGCUGGACGCCCGCGAGGAGCUGGAGUCCAUGGUGAAGUACAACAUCCGCGCCGACCACCACAACCCGCUACUGGCCUUCUGCUGCAGCCUCACCAACUGGGUGCAGGAGAGCUCUGGCCUCCUAAAGGAGCGGGGCUAUGAGAGUUCCUGUAAGGUGUGGACGGGGAGGGAGGUGCUGGCCGUCUUCCACCAGAUGGGCAUCACAGCGGCCACCUUCAGCAUGCUGCAGAAGAACCUGGCGGCGGUGAUGGAGAAGGAGGAGCGCGUGGGGCUGGUCAACGGCCGAGAGGACACCGUCACCGUGCCCACCAUCAGCUCCGGCAGCAUCUCCGUCCUCAAGAGCCUCUUCAUGGUCCUCGACUACCUCUACAGACACGAGUGCAGGUUUGCGGAUGACUACCGGGUGGCUCUGCAGCAGACCUAUGCCUGGACAGUCCAGCCUGAUGUUCCCGACGGUCAUGGCUUCUUCGCCAGGCCACACCGUCGCCGCAACAGUGCCCGCACCAAGACACUCGUGCACACACUCAGCUUCUGGUGCCUCAGUCCUGCAGUGGCCUUCUCGGACCUGAGCGGCUCCGUGCGUAGCAUCGUGCUGACCUCAGGCACCCUCUCCCCCAUGGACUCCUUCUCCUCGGAGCUGGGCGCCAGCUUCCCCAUCCAGCUGGAGGCCAGCCACGUCAUCGGCAGGUCCCAGGUGUGGGUGGGCACCCUUGGCACAGGACCGCAGGGCCGCAAGCUGUGCGCCACCUUCCAGCACGCGGAGACGUUCACCUUCCAGGACGAGGUGGGGGCGCUGCUGCUGAACGUGUGCCAGACCAUGGGCCCCGGGGUGCUGUGCUUCCUGCCCUCCUACAAGAUGCUGGAUAAGCUGCGAGACCGCUGGAUCAACACGGGACUGUGGGAGAAGCUGGAGGAGCGGAAGACGGUGAUCACAGAGCCCCGCGGUGGGGGCAAGGGCGACUUCGACGAGCUGCUGCAGACCUACUACGAGGCCAUCAGGCACGGCGGCCAGAGAGAUGGUGCACUGCUGAUAGCCGUGUGCAGGGGGAAGGUGAGUGAGGGACUGGACUUCACUGAUGACAACGCCCGAGCGGUGGUCACCAUCGGAAUCCCCUUCCCCAACAUCAAAGACCUGCAGGUGGAGCUGAAGAUGAAGUAUAACGAUCAUCACUGUAAAGCUCGGGGCUUGCUGACUGGCAGCCGCUGGUAUGAGAUCCAGGCCUACCGGGCCCUCAACCAGGCCUUAGGCAGGUGCAUCCGCCAUAAGAAUGACUGGGGCGCCCUCAUUCUGGUAGAUGACCGUUUCAGGUCAAACCCCAACAAGUACAUCACAGGUCUGUCAAAGUGGGUGCGCCAGUUGGUCCAACACCACAACAACUUUGGCGACGCCAUGCAGUCCCUGGUUUCCUUCUCCAAGUGCCAGCAGGGGGCAGCAGAGAACCACGCAUUGGGGAAGAUGGAGCAAGUGGCGCCCCCCUGCACCCCCUCCUUCUCUGGGCCUGCAGCCCCGUUCCUGUCCCCACCCCUCAAGCCAGCGCGGCCAGCGGAGCCAGCACAGCCCCCAGCGAGCCCGGCGGGGGCGUGGAGCCUGACGGCAGGGCCUUCACCUCAGCUGGGCAGCCCUGCACCCACCUGCCACACAGGCACAGGCACAGGUGAUCAGAAGGGCUGGCGUCCUCCAUUGAUUCCGCUGGCGAUAGGUGAGGGCAACGAGCCCCCGAGGCAGGGCACCCCAAAGCCCCUCCACAAGCUGUUCACCAUGACCCCCACCAGCGCUCGCUUCAGGGCCCCCAUCUUCCACUCCAAGAGCAGCAGCAGCAGCAGCAGCAACCCCACCAUCGACCCCGUAAAGCCCAGCGCCACCUGUAGGCCGCGUGCAGAAGAACUGACCUCAACACCACUGACCACCUCAUUUGUACAGACCAAGCCCCCUAACCCUCUCCCCACUAUUGAACUGACUGCGUCCCCAGUAAAGGCCCCCCCUUGCCCCUUGCCCGCAGAGGCGGACGGUCCCCCAGGUCCUGCAGAGCACGCGGAUGGGGAGGGAGUGGAGGUGGAGGAGGAGGAGGAGGAGAAGGAGGAGGACGAGACCAUCUUCUACAGUCCGGAGCUGUUUGGAGAUGAGGAAGAUGAUGCUGGAGACGAAGAAGAGAAUGACGAUGAGGACUGCGUCGUGGUGGUGCCGCCGGAGAAAGGAUCUCCACAGAGGACCGAGGAGACGCCUCAGAACGGCAUCCCAGAGUCCCCUGUGGCAGCCACACUCCUUGGACUUUCAGAGGAACUCGAGAGAAGCAGCCGCGCUACUGCUCGUGGCCAGCAGGGCGGCGGCACGUCCACAGACUCUGAGCACACAAUAACAGGGCAAGAGCAGGGGCAGGCAGAGGAGAGGCCAGCUUUAUGCAACAGCAGGGCGAGAGCAGGUAGCGAGAAGGACACCACAGGUCAGACGUCAGCGCAGAGGCAAGCCCCACAACAGGAAACGCAGCAGCAGCAGCAGCAGCAACUGACCCAGGGCAGACAGGCAGGCAGCAGGUCGCGCAGGCUCUCCAGGUCUAGGCAGAAAGGGCCGCCUUCCUCAGGUAAACUCACCAGCUACUUCUCCCUUAUCCCCCAGACACAGGUCUCGGAAGUGGUCACUAUAGACGACUGAGAGCAGCACAGGGCCCACUGGUCAAGGCAGUCCACUGCGGCAGGCAGGGGCGAUACACAGCGCAUAAUGAAUGUGGGAAAGAGGAAGUGAAUGCGUGGGACAUGGGUAAUGCCUAAUGGCCUCGUUAUGUGGCGUGACAGCCGCAUGUACCGCUAAUGAAUACAGUUUCAGUCCCCCAAACACGCACGCAACCCCCAUCCCAAAACCGUUUUAGAUGCACAGUUGUGAUUUCCCCUUUUAAAAUCAUUAAAACGAAACGGCGACGCGCUCAGCCUCUCUUCCCUUUCCUCAAAAGGCGAGAAGAGGAGACCAGAGACGUGGGUUGUUUUUAAUGAGCUGUGCUGUUAUAUGGAUUAUAUGCGUGGGGGGGGGGCAGUAGGGUGCGAUAGCACGGCUGGCUUCACAUGAUUACAUUUAGGCCCGAUGCUGCUCUCUCUCUCUCUCUCUCUCUCUUGCUCACUCACUCUCUUUUUCUUUUUUCAUUCUUUUUUUUUUAUCAAAAAUUUACAACCCAGUAAAGUUUUAAUUAUGUGUCCUUUUCAGUGUAUGCAAAGGGUAACACGAUAGGAAAUGCUGGAAAUGUGAUGUGUGUGUGUGUGUGUGUGUGUGUGUGCGUAUGUGUGCGUGAAUGAGAGAGCAGUGCCAAGCCAUAAACACUCACAGGAAGCUUCCCACCAUCCAUCUUGCCAGCUCUGAGAGUGUAGCCGAUGGCGCUGAUUGCAUUCAGGCCCUGGGUAAUUGUCAUUUUUGCCCAUAAACCACUCGAAUGGAUGGUUGUCGUUUGCAGCCCGGCUCCAUCUGCGUAGCAACUGUUGCGUGUGCUGAUGGCGGGGCAAAGGGCAUAGGAAGGUGACAGCAGGUCCCUCUGGUGCGGCUGAGCAACAUCUGGCCGAUGUCCUUCUGCCUCGGUCCCUCUAGUCUCGCUUUCUAGGACCCUUCUCUUUUCUUUCUUUCUGUCUUUCUUUUUCUUUCUUUCUUUCUCUCUGUCUUUCUUUCUCUCUCUUUCCUUCUCUCUCUUUCUCUCUUUCUUUCUUUCUUUUUUUCUUUCUUAUGAUUUCGGUGAGUAGGAAGAGGAGUGUGGAAAGGGGAGAAAAGAGUGCGAGAGCUAGGGAGAGAAGGAUGGUUGUCUGUUCUAUCAGCAGUAGAAAAUCAUUUGGGAUGCGGAUUUUGCUUUUGUCUCAUUCAAAAUGUAUAAUGAAGAAGUCUCUCUCCGGCGAUGUCUCCAGCCCUUCUAAAAUACUGUGUGUGAAACUAUACUAAAAAAAAAAAAAGUACUAAUGGCCAAGGAUCAUGUCUGUGCUCUUUGUCCCUGUGUCUGGUUUAUUAUCAAAGUUUCUCGCGUUUGUAAAAUUAUGCAUGUAUUGUGUGUUUUGUACAACACUGUCUGAGGUUGUUUUGAAUAAAUAAUGUCAUCAGCA